AUUUUUGUUCCCGUUUGCUAAAAGGGUAUCUAAAAAUUACACUCGUGUUGUUGGCUUGGCGAGAGAGAUUGGAGAGACAAUGGAAGCUCAGGCUGUGUUUGGAGGACGUCCAUCUCUUUCAUCUAUUCCACGCUCACCUACUCUGAGAACUUGCUGCUUAUCAUACACCCAAAAGCCUAUCGUGCGCACCACCCACCACCUCCACUUGGCUGCAUUCCACUCAAAUUCCCAUCUUUUCUCAUAUUCCCUAUCUCGUCCCCAUGCCAAAACCCUCUCCCACAAUGCCGCCGCCACCACCAAAACCCAUAUCUUCCUUCCCCACUUGGUUGCUUCCAUGGAACAAGUUGAUGAAACUUAUAUAAUGGUGAAACCAGACGGUGUUCAGCGUGGACUCGUUGGAGAGAUUAUUUCGAGGUUUGAGAAGAAGGGAUUCAAACUGACAGGCUUGAAGCUCUUUCAAUGCCCGAAAGAGUUGGCAGAGGAGCAUUAUAAGGAUCUCAAGGAAAAGUCUUUCUUCCCUAAGCUGAUCGAGUACAUAACUUCAGGUCCAGUCGUGUGCAUGGCUUGGGAGGGUGUUGGUGUGGUUGCGUCAGCACGUAAGCUUAUAGGUUCUACAAAUCCUCUCCAAGCUGACCCUGGCACAAUAAGAGGGGACCUUGCUGUUCAAACAGGAAGGAAUGUGGUUCAUGGGAGUGACAGCCCUGAAAAUGGUCAGCGUGAAAUAGCUCUCUGGUUCAAAGAAGGUGAAAUAUGUCAGUGGACACCAGCUCAAGCACCGUGGCUAAGGGAGUGAUCUUUCACUUGACGCUCAAUUCCCUGACUGAUGUGGUUUUGAAGAAACUCUCUGAGCGCCUGUACUUUUAAUGUCAAGUUAUUAAUUUAUUUUUAAAAUUUUUUAAAUUCUCAACGGGAUUUUCAAUUGCAGAACAGAAAAUUAACGCAUCAAGUUGACAUCAGAGGUUAAACAAGUUUCAGCAA